UCACCAGUUUCUGAAUCCCCAGAUAUCAAAUUCCUUCACAAACCGUCAAAAUGGUCAAGGCUGUCGCUGUUCUCCGUGGAGACUCUAAGAUCUCCGGCACUGUCACCUUCGAGCAGGCCGACGAGAACACCCCCACCACCAUCUCCUGGAACAUCACUGGCCACGACGCCAACGCCGAGCGUGGCUUCCACGUUCACCAGUUCGGUGACAACACCAACGGCUGCACCUCCGCUGGCCCUCACUUCAACCCCUUCGGCAAGACCCACGGUGCCCCCGAGGACUCUGAGCGUCACGUCGGUGACUUGGGCAACUUCAAGACCGAUGCUGAGGGUAACGCCGUCGGCUCCAAGCAGGACAAGCUUGUGAAGCUCAUUGGUGCCGAGAGCGUCCUGGGCCGGACCCUGGUCGUCCACGCCGGCACUGAUGACCUCGGCAAGGGUGGUAACGAGGAGUCCAAGAAGACCGGUAACGCUGGUCCCCGCCCUGCCUGCGGUGUCAUUGGUAUCGCCGCUUAAGUGCAUUCAUAAUUGUGUUAUGUUGUCAGUUUAGGCCCGAAAGGCUUAACCAGAAUGGAAAUAGUCUGCUAUUGUCCGAUUGAUUUCAUGAAACAGAUUGGAAUGCAUGAAUGACUUGAUGCGAGUAAUCCAGACGAUUCCCUGUGUUUGGCGAUCAUGUAGUACUUUUC